AUGGAGAGGGAGGGUCAGUGUUUCUGUUCCACAUUUCACACAGCUGACAGCAGACCUUCAUCCCGUCCUUCCUCAGCUCGAAGCCGGAGGGCAUCAGUAUCGUCUACCAUCACUAUGGGAGGCAGCAAUGUAAAAAGUGUGAAGCUGGCUGAGCCCAAGUCUAUUCAGGACUGGCACCAUACAAGUUUAAAGGGCUGCUUCUUUCUUGAGGAGGAUGGUGGGAUCAUGAGUCUUCAAUACAGGCUGCACAUCCCUCAGACUUCCACUGUGUAUCUCACCAUUAAGCCCCUGAAUCUCCGCCAAGCAGAAGAUAAGACUUCCUCCUGGAUGUCGGUUAACACAGCACUUUACAUUCUGCGUGAAAAUGAAAGACCAGAAGACUCAGACCUCGUGUGCUUUACAGAGUUAAGGAACAAAGAGAAGUUUGGAUGGAAAGGAGAGCUCAGUUCUGGAGUUUAUUACCUAAUACCGUUUACCACUGGCUGCAGAUUAAAGAGGAAGAGGAAGAUUAUUAAUAAGCAAGCCCAGCUGGUAUAUAGGGGUGACAAUGGAGAACUGGCACUUACUAAGGAGUUCAGAUCAGCUCUCUCAGAUAUUUUUGAAGUAAUAGAUUUGGAUGGGAAUGGCCUCCUAAGCCUGGAAGAGUACAAUUUCUUUGAACAAAGGACAAGUGGAGAGAAAUGCGAUGAAGAAGCUUGGGCUGUGUGUACAGAAAAUUUUGAUACGAAGAAGAACGAGCUGACAAGACACGGAUUCAUGGAGCUCAACUUGAUGGAAGCAAACGACCGGGAAGGGGAUCCCCGAGACCUCUGGGUCACUCUGGAGUCAAUGGGGUACAACAGGGCUCUUGAAAUGGUGGAGGCUUGCCGUUUUGUGGUCGAUGUCUACUGUGAGGAAUGCAAGCCCAAGAUGAAAGCUGUUAGUCUUGAGUCAAGCAGCAAGGCCCUCAGCACAGCCGUGAACAAAUCAGUGAUCAACAAGGGGGAGGCCAAGGUGAUGAAGGGGAACGACAACGUGAUCAUCUACACUUACAAGAGUGACGCCAGAAUCACAGCAGUCAUUGCAAAUAAGUCCAAUAACAAAGUGACUGUCCAUGUAAACAACAAGCAGAGUAAGAACUGUGUCAGCAGCAGAGGCAUCACUGUGUUUCCUGUAGAAGUGCCCCCAAGAACUAACAUGGUCUGUCAACAUGUCAUGCCUGUUAAUGAAAGGCAAGAAUGGACUUACAACUGUGUGGAAAGCCUUAUGCCUUAAACUACUCCAGCAUUUGUUCUAAAUUCAUAUAUAUAUAUAUUACACACACACAUUGAGUAGAGAGUUUUAACAUGACAUAAUGGAAACACUAAACAAUAGUUACAUAAGAAUUAGAUGUGUAUGUACUACUGGUAUAUCGCAUUGUAUAUUACCAUUCAAGGACCAAAAUUCAGCAUCAGCAAAAACUAUUCAUACAGUUCAUUGCUUAUAGCAUUAACUGUGUCAAGCACAAAGCCACUUUUUAUUCCAUCGUACUCCAAAACUCCCACUGCCAGCAAACUAGCAGGGAGGUUCGUUUCCACCCAACAUGUUUCUUACUGUUUUGUGUGAUGUUUGUUUUUUUGCACGGUGGAGUAAACAGUUGUGAUAAAUAGCAUCCGAGGAGAUGUAGGAUGAUUUUUUGGAGGUAACGUUAUAUAUACUUACCACAGUGUUGAUGGAGUGCCUUUUUAUCUGUUAUGAUGUAAGCCUUAAAACAAAAAAACUUGAUGAUCAGGUGAUUUGAAAUUAUGAAAACAUAAAUGAAAAAGAUGUAAUUUUGAUGCGUUUGUGUGUGUGUGUGUAUUUUUUUAAUUUUUUUUAUUUACUAUUAAUCAUGCUGUGUGUUUUAUACUGCUCAAGUGCAAAAGUGUUCAUGGACAGAUGAUGAAAUUAGGAGUAGCACUAGGAUACCAUAUGCAGCAAAUAUGACAUGUUGCCACAAGUGGGUAUAGGGGAGCCACUAAUACAACACAUGUCUAGGAGAGGUGCAUUUGUGACGCCCUUUAUACCUGGAAUGCCAGAUCUACACUUCCUAUGGUGCCCUAAUACUUCAAACCAAAUUGCACUGUCCUGCCAUGAAUAUUUUAAUACUACUGUUUGCUGAUCUGCCAUAUGUUUUAAUAUAUAAUCACUUGUAUUGUUUUUUUUUUUAUCACCAAUAGCUUCUUUUGGUGGGGUUACAGUAGUAUUGCUGUAUUUGUUUAUUUAAUUUUUUUAGCCAUUACAUAAAAUAAAUGCAUCAUGUAAAAUGUGUAUAUCCUAUGUUUUUAAAAAUGUUUGUAUUAAAAUCUGUA